CAUCAACUCAUCCGUGGCUGUGAUGGCACAGAAACCAGUUACGCACACUUUAUCAACUCCACUCGUGUUUUUCUGGCUGUGACACGAGCUAUACGGAUAUCUGGAAUUAUUAAUUAAAAGUCUAUUUUUUGACUGCAGAUGAUUGCUAAGCCUGACGCUCUGAGGAGCUUCCAUCACACAUAACACAUCAAACCUUAUAUUGACCAAGAAAAAAAAAACAAGACCUCAACCCCACCGUUCCUCUCACGCUGUCAAGGCUGAGAGCAGUCAUGUUGGAUGAAUAUGCGUCGUGGCGGAGAGAGGAGGGGAGAUGGCAGGAGGGUGGGGUGGAUGCUGACGGAGGAGUUGGGGUGGCAUCAUAUACUUCUCACUAAUGUGGCUGUAUUUGGACAUGUUUUUGUCGAGCUUGGAUGUAGACGGCUCUCUGGUUAUAUUCUCACGAAAAGUCUGUGAGCUGCUGAAAUUAUGAGUGAAGAAAAUGAAAGCGUGUGUUUGAACAGGUCACUGGUGGAGAUGGACAGCUUCAGCAACCUGGAGGACAUCGACGUGACGGCUGACGGGAGCCCGAUUCUGAGGUUCCUCAUCUGCCUUGUGUACUCUGUAGUCUGCGCUGCGGGUCUCAUGGGCAACCUGUUGGUCCUCUUCUUCAUCAGGGUUAAACAAGAGAGGAAGAAGUCCAAAGUGAACUUCUUCGUCCUCAACUUGGCGGUGACAGACUUGCAGUUCGUGCUCACUCUGCCCUUCUGGGCCGUGGACACCGCGCUGGACUUCAGCUGGCCGUUUGGAGACGCCAUGUGCAAAAUCAUCCUCUCGGUCACCGUGAUGAACAUGUACGCCAGCGUCUUUUUUCUCACUGCCAUGAGUGUGACCCGCUACUGGUCAGUCGCCUCGGCUCUGAAGAACAGAACCGUGCAGGAGUCCUGUUCCACCAAAUGGAUCUGCGUAAUUAUUUGGACACUGGCGACUCUGGCGACUGCGCCGACGCCGAUUUUCUCAACUGUCAGCAACGUAACGGGAGAAAAACUCUGUUUGCUGAGGUUUCCUGGUGGACAGUACUGGUUAGCAGUUUAUCACAUACAGAAAAUACUUGUGGGUUUCGUGUUGCCAAUGUCCAUCGUGUCCAUCAGCUACAUCAUGCUGCUGCGUUUCAUCCGCAAUCGAAGUAUGAAAACAAGUAACCCCAAACGGAGAUCCCAAGUUACAAGAUCUAUCACCAUCGUCGUGUUGUCUUUCUUCCUGUGCUGGAUGCCCAACCACGCCAUCACCUUGUGGAGUGUGCUGGUCAAACUGAACGCUGCAAACUGGGACAAGGCUUACUACAUAGUGCACACAUACGUGUUCCCACUGACCGUGUGUCUGGCGCACACCAACAGCUGCCUGAACCCGAUAAUUUACUGCCUCAUGAGGAAGGAGUUCAGAAACAAACUGAGAGUUCUGAUGCACAGAGGAUAGUAGUUUUAGAGCUGUGUGGAUGAUCUGACGGAGUGCGAAACGUAUUGGGAAGCAUUCACCAAGACGCAGCCAGAGCGCACGGCAACAAACGAGAGGAGACCCGUUAGAGAGCAAAAUGACGGCAAGCAGCGUCAUGUCCAGACUAUUUACUCUAAUAUGCUUAUGGAAAAUGUGACUUUCAUUUGCGCUUCUUGUCUUGAUAUGCUUGUGUAAUAUCGCUUAUUUCCAUAGUAAAAAAAAUAUAGAAAGAUAGUUUUUAGGUUAUACGCUUUGGAAUUGUUCAAACUGUGCCAAAAAUAUUCCACUUAGCACCUCGUUAAAUAACCAUAUGACCAUUAGAGGAGACGUGUCUCUUCACGGUGUGAACGACCGUGUGCGUAAUUACGCGUGACAAUGAACCUCGCAUUAGUGUGCUCGUGUUGUAACUGAACAGGUGAAGUAGCUCUAAAUGUCGUAGCUAAAAAUGUAAAAAAUAAAAUUAAAAAGUGUACGAUAACUGUGUUAUAAAACAAUCGUGGAUGCAAACGUGACCCCUUAUCACGUGCUUAAGAAAAGGUUAAAGGUCACAAGACAUGAAUACGUUAUGGACUAGCCUGUCAUCAAAGGUUUGGGCACAUAAGACACCAAAAUGUAUAAAAUAUGAUCGUUGUAAAUGAGCAAACAAAGUGUAUCCAUUAUAUAUGACAAUAAAAUGUCCUGAGGUUUUCCCGCUGGUUAGUGUUUCUUGGAGCUCUUGACCGAUUGUGCGGGAACAAAAGCGUAACAGGUGAUCAGAUUUGAUCAGCAGGUGAGAAGAAGUCUGAGCUGUGAAUGGCAGUGAAGGUGAGGACACAGACGUGUCAGCCUGCUGCAGGUCACACUGACCUGAGCACUGAAGCUAAUGAGCCCAGCCAUCAUCGGAGCGGGCGGAUGAAAAUAGACUUUAUGAAGGGCUUUUAUGCUCAAAUCCGGAAGCUGUCCAACAGCAUCCAUUAGAGAAAAGUGGCUGCGCACGCCAGGACCGCUGAUCUCACGGCAGCCAUUGGUGGAGAGUACAAUACAUUCACUAACUUAAGUUCAAUUCUGAGGUACUGGUACUUUGCCUACUGCACUUAUUUGAGUAAUACCAUUGUAAACCUAGUAGCACAUUCUGGUUGCCAGAACGUUUUGAGAACGUAGCUUCAGGUUGUAACUAACCUUGUUGGUUACAUGUUUGGUUCCCUCGAUGUUUAGGGAACGUUAGGCUUCGUUAGGUUUCUGCCACGACGUUAGUACUUGGUUAUGGUCUAACCAACCUUCAGAGAACCAUAGGCUGACGUUAUAUAUACGCUCUGUGUUACCAGGGCAGCAGCGUUUUAGAGAUUUUACAUCAAAAACUAAACGUUCGCGCGUAAUACCUUUCAAUACAGACAGCGCUGUGCCUUAAGACACAGUUACAGGCCAUACUUCCUGUGCUGUCCCUGCUUGUAAUGUGUGUGU